AUGGACAUCAUCUAUCGGGGUAACUACUAUCUUCUAGCCUUAUGCGGGCUGUUCUUGAUCACCACUACGGCUGCAGUUCUCGAGCCCAGUCAGCCUCAGUCUCGGAUUGUCCGGCGUGGACCCCUUUCGGAUCACGAUGAAGCAGCCAUCGUUGAGCGAGACUCUGCACCCUGCAAGACAUAUGUCACCCAGGGCGGAGAUACCUGCAAGAGUAUCACGAAGGCCCAUGGUAUCACUAUGGAACAGCUUCAAAUGUACAACUCUUACACGUGGAGAUUUGACUGCCAGAACAUGCCACAAGGCUCGAUUAUUUGCAUUGGUCCUGGAUCUCCUCCAAUGCCAACAGCUGUUAGCAAUGCGACUUGCGGUCCCUUGGUCCCUGGGACUGCCCGACCGGCCAAAUGGUCCGACCUCGCUUCAUUGAAUCAGUGUGCUUCCAAAAAUGAAUGUUGUACCGGACGGGGCACAUGUGAGGCCUUUGGCGACUACUGGUGCACUCUACGAGACGAUACCUGCAUGUCAAAUUGUCAGUCUACCGCGAACACAGCAAAAGCCGCAACGACGACGACCUCCAAAUUGCAGACCACCGCCAAAGCCACGACGACUACAACUACUAACAAAGCAAAGUCUACGUCGACCACUACUAGCGAAGGCCCCGCAUGGACGCUCGUCGCGUAUACAGGCACAACAUGCGAUGACGAUUAUUACCUGUUGACCGGGCACAAAAACCAGGACUCGAAAUGCAUUGAUCUGCCUGGGAACUACAAAGCCGGACCGGAUGAUCAAACUGGGGUCUAUUGCAAGUAUUUCACCGAUGGUGGAUUCAGCUCAAGUUCCUGUGCCUCUGCCCCCGUGGAGAAGUUUCUCUCGUGGUCGUUGACCGGGGGUAAAUCCGGUGGCCAGGCGAUUAGUAUUGAUUCCCAGACCGGUUGCCAAGCCGAUGUGAUGUUCAAACAUGUUGAGAUGGAAUGGCGCUCUGUGCGAUGCAUGGUACAUUGA